AUGGUCUCAUACCUCGACCCCUCUGCCCACAACACCAUGUCUCCCAACGACUUCGACCUUUAUCCCUCGCAGGAGGAGUCGUACGGCAGCGUCUUCGCCCACAGCCAAUAUCCCGCCGUGACGCAGCCAUACCACCACUUCACCAGCUUCGACGCCCAGCCCAACAUCCACGCCUUCAGUGCGCCGCAGAGCAGCAACAUGUACGCCUUCAAGCAGAACUACCUCCCCUACUCGCCCGCCGCGUCGCCCGCCUCGGGCUCCCAAUCAUUCGAGGUCUGCCCGCCGCAGCUCUCCACUGCCUCCGAGUCGACCGCGUCGGCGCAGAGCACGUCGCCGUCGGCCGCCGGCUCCCCGUCCAUGGGCCAGCACUUCAUCGAGCAGCCCUGGAGCGUGCUCGGCCACGGCCUGGGCCUCGCGCCGGGCCUCGAGGCGAGCGAGCCCUUCACCACGUGCGGUUUCGAGUACGAGAGCAUGGUGGCGCCCGACAGCAAGAUCUCGGGAUGUGUUGGUGAGUCCAAACUUUCUUCGCCGUCGCAAGCCAGCGCGCGCACCGCCUUUCCCUUCGCCCUCCGUCAUGUCUCCACUUCCGAUGCACGGCGGCGAUCGGGUGCACAGGCUCCUCGCGAGCGUGCUGUCGGCGCCGCGAGUCAGCAGCCUGUUGCACCCUCCUUGGGCCGGUCGUCGACGCCGGUCAAGGAUGAAGACGUCUUCAAGACGCCGACCACGCCAGCAUCCGCAAUGGUUUCAUUUCCCCCAUCGUCUGCGCCUCUUUCCUAUCACUCUUCCGGGCGAUCGGCAGCAGCUGCAAUGAGCGCAAAUCGGAAGCGCCGAAGUUCCCUUUUGUCAAACCAAAUGCGGCCUAGUGGGGCGCCAGCCGAGCUUUCAGCUGGCUUCGUCCUCGCCAAGGCUUCAGCCUCCCCCGUCUCUCAAGUAUCUGCAUCCCCGCAAGCCGCUUCAGACGCUUCCUCAUUUCCAAUGGAUUCUUCCUGUUGGUUUCCUUGA